AUGGAGACCAUCAAGUUAGAUAUCGCUGCGCCUCUGAGCUCCGGAAGAAUAAUUGAAAAUACCAAUGCAGGAGUUGAGAUGUUCUUCUGUGAUGGAUUUUUUCGCCACAAGUACCUGAAUGACAUAACAAAUGGCGAGAAGAAACGUGUCCAAAGCUUACCUGACCUGGUUAGCUACGAGCACUUGCUGGCUCAUGAAUGGACUCACGUUGAUCUUCUUGGGUCUUCAAUCCAGGUCAUGGACCUAGAGGUGCGGAAUCUCGAUCUCGGAGUCCAGUCAAGAAGAGUCUUUGGUGCUCAGUGGGCAAGCGUCCUUGCAUGGUACGGGCCGAGUCUUCCGCGCAUAAACGUCAAGUACAAUGAUAACGGGUUUGAUCCCAAAUAUGCCCCCGACAACACGACGAACGCCCUUGGUGGCCCCGAGAACAUCUCUGGUCCUGGGCUUGGAAUCAUGAAUCCGGAGAAGAAUCAAACCACUGAACAGAAAAAUUGUCAUGCCGCCGCUAAUGAUCCCCGCGAGGUGUUCUGUGACUAUCUUGGAGAGCCCUAUAGCGACUGGCUCAAGGAUCGCGAGAAGCCCUUCACUUCCGAGGGUGGUUGUGAGCUGACGAAGCAAUGCUGGAGCUCCUUUGGUGAUUAUGCGAUCGAUCCAGGUUGCGUCUGUAAAUGUGACGGUGAAAAAACUCCGCUGUCUGACCCUAAGUGUGCUGGGUUCAGAGGAGGUCCUCCUGGAAGUCAUUCGCAUGCUUAG